AUGGACACAUAUAGGAAAGGGAAAAUAGUUGUUAACUAUUUUCUUAAUCACACCCAUGCAUUGGCUAUUUUUAGAGAUAAUUCACAAUUGGAAUUAUUAAAAGUAGCCAAAACAAGAUUUGCAUCUCAUUAUAUUUUGCUGAAAAGGUUAUGGGAUUGUAGAGAGUCUCUUGCUACUACAAUUGUUCUUAAUUCAUGGAGAGAAUGGCUGAAAAAUUGUGAUGAAAACACUAGGCAGAGUGGAUUAUUAGUUGUUGAUACAAUUAAAAAUGAAGCCUUUUGGGAUGAUGUGGAAAGUGUCCUUGCUGUUACAAAACCAAUAUACUUGAUGGUUAAAUUUUGUGAUGGUGAGGGAUCCAAGAUGGGAGAAAUUUACGAGAAAAUGGAUAACAUGCUAGGAGAGAUUAAGGAUGUCAUGAUGAAUCAUCGUUAUGCUGAGUAUUACCCUCGAGUGGAGAAGAUUAUACUAGCAAGGUGGGAGAAGAUGACAAUCCCUUUGCAUUGUUUAGGAUUUGCAUUAUCUCCAAGAUUUUAUGAUAAAAAUUAUCUUGAUGAGAUGGCACCAGGUGGAGUUCAUAAGAAAGCUCCAAAUCUUGAUAAGGAGGUUAUGGUUGGUGUAAUGGAAUCUUUUAAGAGGAUCGCGGAAAGUGGAGAAGAGGAGCGUCUUCUACGUGAGCAAUUCACUACUUUUCACAUGAAAAAAGGCCUUUAUGCAUUGGCAGCAGCUCACAUGGAUGCAGUGACCAUGGAUGCUAUUGAUUGGUGGCCAAGUUACGGGUCAGAAACGCCCGAACUUGCUGUUUUAGCAAAGAAAGUUUUAUCACAGCCUAUUAGUAGUUCAUCAGCCGAGAGAAACUGGAGUACGUACUCUUACAUACAUAAUGUCAAGAGAAACCGAUUGAACUCCAAAAGGGCUGAUAAAUUGGUGUUUAUACAUUCAAAUAUUCGUCUCCAAUCAAGAUUCUCCGAAAGUUACACAUCCGGGCCACACAAGAAGUGGGAUGUAAAUCCCGAAAGCACUAACUUGGAAGAGUCAAGUAUAAGAGUUGAAGAAAUGAAGUGGGAAAAUCUAGAAGAUGUUGAGAGAGUAGCUGAUGAUGGGAAUGAAAAAAGGCAAAGGAAAGAGUAA